UUGAAGAUUGUGCCACUCAGGUACUAUCUCUUUAUAUAGGCCGUAAAGACAACAUCAACUUCUAGGUCCACUAUCCUGUGCCUCCCAAUGAUGCAUGUGUGUGCUGAGAGUGCCAUUUCCACCUACCUGUUCCAUCCCCUCGUUCUCUCCAUGAAUCAGAACCACAUCUAGUUGAUCCAAAUCCAACUUGGGUUCUCCCUUUCUUCCUUUUAGCCUCAACCACACCUUCGAGCGACAUGAGGGCUCUCAAAGAACUCGGAGAAGUUGGCGUCCUUCACGCAGCUCAAAGCAGCUCACUCUCACGUGCCCAACAAUUCAUCAACGAAUGGGAGCUCCAGUGCAUGGUGAUGGCCAGUCUCUUCCUGCAAGUCUUCCUCUUCUUCGUCUCCGGCUUCCGCAAACGCCAUAGCUCCCGCAUCCUCAGCGUGCUACUGUGGCUCGCAUACCUUUCGGCCAACCCCCUUGCCAUCUACGUCCUUGGCCGCUUCACCCUCCGCAGCAGCGGCAACCGCCUUGCCUUCUUCUGGGCGCCCUUCCUGCUGCUCCAUCUCGGCGGGCAGGACACCAUGACGGCCUUCUCUAUGGAGGACAAUGCGCUCUGGAAGCGCCACCUCCUCAGCCUCGCCACCCAGGUUCCCAUGGCCAUCUAUGUCGUCAGCAAGCAACUGCGUGGGGAUGACAAGCAGCUGGUGGCUCCCAUGGUGCUCAUGUUUGUUGCUGGGACGGCCAAAUACGCUGAGAGGAUAUGGGCGCUUAAGAAGGCAGGCUCGGUGGCACCUGGCACAAGUAGCUCCACUUCGAACCUUGUUUCUCGUGCAUCCAACGAUGCCUCCUGGGACAUGCAGGGUUAUUACAGUCAACUACUCUUUGUUGUGACAAAGAAUCAGGAGAAGAAUUUCGAGCUCAUUCUGCACGUGGCAGCCGAGGGCUUCAAACUAAGCCUGCACUUUUUGAUGGACAUGACCCCUUCAAUCUCUCUUCUUCCUGAUGAUAUCAAAGGGAUCAAGGAGGCGCUGGAGGCGUUCAGAUCUUCUGAGAACAUAGUCCACAUGGCAUACAAGUUGGCGGAGAUCAAUCUAUCGUUAAUCUAUGACUACUUGUACACAAAGUUCGGCACUCGUCAUUUCCACAUAGCCCCAGUUUGUAACGCCUUCCACCGGAUCAUCAUUCUUACACUAACUUCAGUGGCGCUUGGGUUGUUCGUGAGGGCCAUGGCUGGUGGAAAGGGGCACGAUGCAGUUGAUGUCAUCAUAUCCUAUGUGUUACUUGUCGGUGCCAUCGUAUUAGAGACAUGCUCUAUCUUCAUGUCCUUCGUCUCAUCAUGUUGGGCAUACAGGACUAUCAUGUCCUGUCCACUUACAUGCCCGUUGUGUCAAAAGCUCCGUGGUGCACAUGCAGCAUUGCUCAGUUUGGCCAGGCUUCUCCAUCCAGGAAACAAAGGAGAGUGGUCGGCAAAGCUGGCCCAAUACAGCAUAAUCCGGGCAUGCAUCCAGGAGAAACAAGAAACUGGAUUGCUGCAACGGACGAUGCGUUGGAUCGGCAUCAAGCAACAGACCAUCACACAUAUCAGAGUCUCCCCUGAGGUCAAGAAACUCCUCCUCGAUAAAUUGCUGGACAUAGCUACCACUCUGCGUGGGACGGAAUGGGACAUUGGCGUUGGCAAGUUCAAUGGCCAAUGGGCGCAGUGGGUGGUUGAAACAAAGCAAGAUCAUCACCAGAGAGCAGCUCAGCAGGUGCUCCAGGUCAGCAACAUCAAAGGAUUGGAGUUUGUGUCAAGCGCGCUUCUUUGGCACAUUGUCACCGACAUAUGUUUACUCAACGAUGACGAUGAAGUAAACGGCAGCUCCUCUCAUGGUGAAAACUUAGAUGGUGGUUCAGCUUCAUCCCACCAUGAGACUGUGGACAGCAUCUCAGGGCUAAGAGGCCCUGCAGCAGAAUUAUCAGACUACAUCAUGUACCUCAUCGCAGAUUGCGGCGCCAUGGCUGGCAGUGAAGGGCACUACGCCGUCAUUAGGGGACAGCGCGAGGUGUCACGCUGGCUGGUUGAGAAGCAUAGUGGAUGUGAUCGAAUGGAGGUGAUCCGGGAGAUUCGUGACGAGGACAGCUCUUUCUUCCACGAAAACUACUACCCGUUAUUGGAUCGAGCUCGCCGGGUCGCCUCAGACUUGCUUCAGAUUGAAGAAGAAGGCGGUCGCUGGGAGCUGAUCACCGCUGUGUGGUUAGAGAUGCUUUGUUACACGGCGCACAACUGUGGAGCAGCGUUCCAUGCCAAGCAUCUAACCACCGGUGGUGAGUUUGUCACUCAUGUCAAGAUGCUCCUGUUUAUGGCAGGCUUCCCUUUUCUGAAGGAUGUGAAGGAACCCUUAUUUCCGAAUAAAGCUGGUAAUAUCUAUUCAUAAAAUAAGUAGUAAGACUGACAUUUCUUCUUUUUUUUUUGUUUGGUUCUCUGGUCUUGAUCCAAUAGCAGCCUCCAUUUGUCUGAACUGUCAUAACGUCGAAUUACGGACAUGUAUUGGUGGGGAUCGGAGAAAUGGGCAUCAAACAUUUAGGCGCGGGCUUUAUGCAUGGUAGGGUGAACCUUGGUCCAAAAAUAACCAUAGAUUCGUCUAUAAGAUUGUCAAUUGCAUGUGCUGGAAUAUGUUUCAAAUA